UCUCUUCCUAUUGUUUUCCUUCACUGACUUAUUUGAAGGUAAUUCAAUUGAGGAGGAAGGAAUUUUAUGGAAAAAGUGGCGGAGUCCCAGAGGAGCUCAAACUGGGAUAAACCGUGAUGCCGUCCACUCCCUCCCUGCAGAUAAUCCAUGAGGAGGUAGACUGUCCCAUUUGUAUUGGUAUCCCCAAGGACCCAGUGAGUGCCCCCUGUGGACAUAUCUUCUGCAGAUCCUGCCUCACCUCACCCUCAACGAUGGGAGCCCAUCCCUCCAGGUUGUGUCCAAUCUGCAAGGAGAAGAGGCAGCCAGAGGUCCAUCAGCCCUGGGGCUGGGCCACUGAGAACCUUAAGAUCCUGGGCCCCAUAGGAGAGACUCACUGUGAUGAGCAUGGUGAGAAAAUUUACUUCUUCUGUGAGAAAGACGGGGAGUUCCUUUGCGUGCUCUGUCGGGAGGGUUCCAAUCACCAAGCUCAUGCUGUGGUACUACUGGAUGAAGCCACUCGACCCUACAGGGAACGACUCCGGAGUAGGUUAGAAGACCUAUGUUUAGAGAAAAAAGAAAUGGAAGAUAUGAAAAGUGGAGAAGACCAGAAGCUCCAGGUGCUCUUGACCCAGAUUGAAUCCAAGAAGCAGCAUGUGGAAGAAGUAUUUAAACAGUUACAGAAAGUGCUUCAGGUUCAGCAGCACCUUCUCCUGGAUCAGCUGGGGGAGCUAGAAAAGGAGAUCAGGAAGGAGAGAACUCAUUAUAUUGCCAUGAUCUCUGAAAAGAUUGCCCAGCUAGGGGCUCACAUCAAGGAAUUAGAAGGGAAGUGCCAACAACCAGCAAAUGAGCUCCUAAAGGACGUCAGAAUGACUCUAAACAGGUAUGAAAAGGGGACAUUUAUCAAUCCAGAACCUAUUUCUUCUGGCCUGGUAAGAAGAAUCCGUGAUCUCCACCAAAAAAUAUGUGUUCUCCCAGAGAUGACAGGGAAGUUCUCAGAAAACUUGCUGCUUCACCUGGAGACUAAUACAGGAGGUAUCACUCUGGAUCCCCAGACUGCCAGCGGUAGCCUGAUCAUCUCCGAGGAUAGAAAGUCAAUGAGAUACACCAGAAAGAAGCAAAACUUGCCUGAGAAUCCCCAGCGUUUUGAUGGGUUCCCUGCCGUACUGGGUUCUCAAGGGUUCUCUUCAGGAAACCAUUCCUGGGAAAUCGAGGUGGUUCUGGGCGACGGGGGUGGUUAUACUGUGGGUGUGGCCCAAGAAGACAUGGAGAGGAAAGGGGAAAUGGGCCUGAGCACUGAGGAGGGUAUCUGGGCUGUGAUUUUCUCCUCUCAGCAGUGCUGGGCCAGCACUACUCCAGGCACUGAUCUACCACUGUGUGAAAUUCCCCAAAGGGUUCGGGUGACUCUAGACUAUAACGGGGGGCACGUGACUCUUUCCGAUGCUGAAACCCAGACCACAAUCUUUACAUUUCCUGCCUCCUUCUCCGGCAAAAUCUUUCCUUUCUUUGCUGUUUGGAAAAAGGGCUCCCGACUCACUCUGAAACCCUGAAAGUGAUGCUCCGACCAAAUCUGGCUCCCUGGACCUCCUGCAUUCGCCACGCUCUAGUAUGGAGCAGACUUCAACAUCUUCCCUUUUCAGCUCCAUUUAUAGAAAUUGUUCCAAGAGUGCUGCCCUUGCAAUGCGGAGGCCAAACUAACCCAAUGUUUACGUAAUGUCGGGGGUGGUAGAACUGAAAAUUUGCUGAGUGUCUAUGGAACUACAUGGAUAUUCCUGGGGGUACUGGGGAGGGGAGAUGCAGAGAAGGUGUUAGAGGGGGAUCCAUCCUGGGUGGCAGAAUCAGGGGAAAGAAGAUGGGUCAGUAGUUAUCUCCCUGCUCAAGGCUUCAGUUUCAUCAAUUAUAAAACAAGGGGGUUCAACUAGCUGGUUCUAACAUUCUAUUCUUAGUAGAUGCCAUCUUCUACCCUUUACCUUAGGUAAAACUUGGCCUGAUCCCCCAAGGUUAGCCUCACAUGGCCCCAGUACAAUCUUAUAGAUAAUAAUACCUCCUAAUUCAUAACUCUUUGGCUCAUGUUGCUCCCACCAGGAUUCCUCUGCAAAAAUCUCAACUAUGUCUAGGUCUCCACCUAUGGGCCAAAGAGUCCCACAGCUCUUUUAGAAGCCUUCAAAUAAUAAUGCUUCUAUCAGAUUCAGAACAGCCUUUAUUCCACCGUGUAGAAAGGGCAGAAAACACAGACUCCUCACAGUAGCCUGGAAACAAUCAAUACCAUUCUCUUCCACAUCUAGCCAGUCCCUCCUUUGACUCUAGAGCUCAGAGGCACCCAUCUUUGUGAUCAUGUCCUGAAGAGGAGGGCUCCCUUAAACAGGAAAUAAACCAGGGAUUGAUAAAGGGACAACACCCUUGACCUUGCUGAUAAGCCCUGCAUUACUGCAGAUCCACGUAGGCAUCCGGUUUAUGGUACCAUGGCGAGAGUUUGAUCUCUCUUGGAAGCAAAGCAAACUUGUUAUCGUUGGACAGGCAACCAGCUCUUUUCCCCAUCAGACCUGCCAUCUCCAAACAACUCAGAACAAUAACAGAGAGCCAAGUCCUGGCCUUCUGCUGCCCUACAGCAUGUAUUUAGUGCCUUCUCUCUCUCCCCAGCUCUGCAAAGUUCUCUGGACAAUCUUGUUCUCUCCCCAAGCAUUUAGCAAUGCUUCCCCCAGCAUCCCCUUAUUUGCACCUCCAUGCUGUUCCAGAUGCACUCAGCCUCUGCUCUCCAGUCUGUGUUCAGCUCUUGGGCUGAUAGACAGAAAGAAAGAAAGAAAGAAAGAAAGAAAGAAAGAAAGAAAGAAAGAAAGAAAGAAAGAAAGAAAGAAAGAAAGAAAGAAAGAAAGAAAGAAAGAAAGAAAGAAAGAAAGAAAGAAAGAAAGAAAGAAAGAAAGAAAGAAAGAAAGAAAGAAAGAAAGAAAGAAAGAAAGAAAGAAAGAAAGAAAGAAAGAAAGAAAGAAAGAAAAGAAAGAAAGAAAGAAAGAAAGAGAGAGAGAAAGAGAGAGAGAAAGAGAGAGAGAAAGAGAGAGAGAAAGAGAGAAAGAGAGAAAGAGAAAGAGAGAAAGAGAGAAAGAGAGAAAGAGAGAGAGAGAGAGAGAGAAAGAGAGAGAGAGAAAGAAAAGGAAAAAGAAAGAAAGAAAAGGAAAAAGAAAGGAAAGAAGGAAAAAUUAAAAUAACAAAGAUGAAUCCAACUGCUACUUUUUAAAAAAUAAAUAGGCCCAGCACAAAGGGGGCUCACACCCUUCAAAGGUUCAAGCCAGUCAGUUCAUCCUCACUCAAAGAAACUCAGCCUCCACGAAGUGCCAAGGAGCACGUCUUUGUGGGCCAGUACAUAAAUGGUUCCAAAGUCUCAAACAAACACUUGCCCUCCCUAUAAGCUCAUAGAGUUAUUCUCCAAUAGCUAAUUAAUUAGCCUUCCUACAUUCCUAUUACAUGGGCAAAUUUAAUAGGAUCAUAAGGUUGAGCUAGAAACUUGAUUAUCUUAUUUCAGAUAAGGAAACUGAGGCCAAAGUUCACCCAGACACUGAAGGAAUCAUGAUUUGAUUCCAGGUCUUCUGAUUCUCGGACCCCUUUCCAUAAUAUAGUGGGAGUCAGAGAAAUAGAUUCUUGGACUUAGAAGGGUCUUUGUUGGACAUUGAGUUCCUUUUCCCAAACAAGAGAAUGCAAGGUCCUUAAAGGGAAGGCAUAUUUCAUUUUUGUUUCUGUAUUCUCAGAACCUAGAACAAUAUCUGGCAUAAAGAAGGUACUUAAUAUUCCUAGUAUGUAUAUUAAGUUGCAUCAAACAGUAAUUCCCUUUAGAAUAUUCCAACAACUGAUAGAUCAUUCAGCCUCUACUUGAAACCUUCCAGUAAUGGAAAACUCAUAGUCAUUCAAAGAAACAUUUUAUUUUCAUUUUCACUAUGAGCAGACGUCUAGCUGCCUGUAAUUUCUACCCCAUCAUUCUUGGACUGGGGCUAACCAUUCUAACAAAUAUAAUGACAAUAAGAUUAAUAAUAACAACUAGCAUUUGUAUAGCAUUUUAAGAUUUGCAAUGUGCUUUACAAAUAUUAUAUCAUUUUAUCUUUACAGCAACUGUGGGUAGUAGGUGCUAUUAUUAUCUCCUUUACAGAUGAGGAAACUAGGUAAGGUCAAGUGACUUGCUCAGGGCCAUACAGCUAGUAUCUGAGGUUGGAUUUGGAUUCCAGCUUGAGCCCUCUAUCCACUGAUCAACUUAGUUACAUUGUUGGUAGAUUGCUACUAUAAUUCAGAUAACUAUUUGAAAGAUCACAUAUUUACAGAAUCAUAAAUCUAAAGCUCGAAGAGAUGUUAGAGGCUUUCUAGAGCAACCCCCUCAUUUAAUGAAGAAACUGAGGCUCAAAAACAUUAAGAAUUUUACUUGUUGACACUAGGGUAAUAAUUGGAGGUAGAAUUUAAACCCAGGUCUUCUGAUUCCAAAGCCAGUCUUCAUUAUAUGGUACCAUGCUCACUUCCUUAUUCCUGCCUUAUUAUUUCCCAAAGUGACACUUUGUGCUUGAAAAUUAUUUCCUGAACACUAAUGCAUUAUUGGUGGAAUUGUGAACUGAUCUAUUCUGAGAGCAAUUUGGAACUAUACUUAAAGAGCUAUAAAAUAGUGCAUACCCUUGGAUCCAGUAAUACCACUACUAGGUCUAUAUCCUAAAGAAAAAUUUUUUAAAAGGGAAAGGACCUACUUUUACAAAAAUAUUUUAGCAGCCCUUUUUGUGUGGCAAAGAAUUGGAAAUUAAGGUGAUGUCCAUUCAUUGGGGAAUGGAUGAACAAAUUGUGGUAUAUAAUGGUGAUAGAAUACUUAUUGUGCUGUAAGGAAUGAUGAACAGGAUGAUUUCAGAAAGAACUAGAAAAGACCUAUAUGAAAUGAUGCAGAGUGAAAUAAGAAGAACCAGGAAAACAUUGUAUGAAAUAACAGCAAUACUGUGGAAUGAUCUACCGUGAUAGACUUUGCUACUCGAAGCUAUACAACAAUCCGGAACAAUUCUGAAGGACUUAUGACAAAGAAAACUAUCCAUAUACAAAGAAAGAACUGUUGGAAUUGGACCGCAAAUCAAACAUACUAUUUUUCACUUUAGUUUAUCUGGGCUUUUUAUUUUGUGUUUUUGUUUUUAAAUGAUUAUUCUCAUACAAAAAUAAACAAUAUGGAAAUGUUUUGCCUGAUAAUAUAUGUAUCACCCAGAGCAAAUUGUUUACCAGCUCCUGAAAGGGGGAGGAAAAGGAGGGA